AUGAUCCGGUUCUUGAUUGGUCUGCUGAAGGUCUGUAAAAUAAUUGGCAUUAUUUUAUGGAGUAUCACUGUUAACUUCAUAAGAUUGUGCUUCAAGCGAACACAACCGAAACCUAAUUUCACUUAUGAUAUCGUGCUUAUAACAGGAGCUGCUCAGGGACUUGGUAAGGAGUUAGCUCUUCAAUUUUCAGAGUGUGGUGCAACUGUUGUUCUCUGGGACAUCAAUGAGACCAAGUUACGUCAGACAUGUUCUGAGAUCACAGCUCAGGGACGAGAAGCAUUUGGUUAUGUAGUUGACUGUUCCAAGAAGGAACAGAUAUAUAAAGCUGCAGAACAAGUCCGAGAUGAGGUUGACUUCGAAAGUCUUCUUACCUUGGAUGAUGGAGAACAAUUAUGCAAAGAUAUUGUGCUUAUAACAGGAGCUGCUCAGGGACUCGGUAAGGAGUUAGCGCAACAGUUUUCGGAACAUGGUGCUACUGUUGUUCUCUGGGAUAUCAAUGAAACCAAGUUACGUCAGACAUGUUCUGAGAUCACAGCUCAGGGACGAAAAGCAUUUAGUUAUGUUGUGAAUGUAGCUAAAAAAGAAAACAAGUUUAUGAGACAGCAGAGCAAGUCAGAGAAGAUGUCGAGUGUGGUGCUACUGUUGUUUCUCUGGGAUAUCAAUGAAACCAAGUUGCGUCAGACAUGUUCUGAGAUCACAGCUCAGGGACGAGAAGCAUUUGGUUUUGUAGUUGACUGUUCCAAGAAGGAACAGAUAUACGAGAUGCAGAAAAGGUCAAAGAUGAGAUUGGUAAUGUCUCCGUGCUGGUGA